ACUUUACGGCCGCAUUGGAGGCUCAUUCAAAAUGGAGUCAAGCUGUAGAAAUGUAACUGACUAAAUGCAUAUUUGUUGUACGUCAACCACAAUUGUGUGGAGUUGCGUUUAAACGGUUCACUUGGACACCAAAAUACGUAACUCUACAUGAUGACUGACGAUAAGAAGACUGGCUCUUUAGGUUUCUUUUCGAGCUACGACGAUUUGAGCGACAGCAGCGAUUCAGACGAAGAGGCUAAGGACGGCCGGGAAGAGCCGAGAGAGAAGGCGGAGGCAGACGCCGAUGGAAGCGAAUCCAACUCUUUCCAGCAAGGGAGCAAACCAGCUGCUGGUGGAAGUCUUCUACCAAAGCCAGAGGAGUUGUUCAAGUCGGUGUCUAAACCAACUUUUCUCUACAAUCCUCUGAAUAAGGAGAUCGACUGGGAUAGCCUGACAGUAAAGGCUCCCGAAGAGGCUCCUAAGGAGUUUAAGCCAUGGGUCACAAAUGCAGUGCCGCCUCCCCAAAGUUAUGCAGCAGAGCCUGAGAAGAAGAAGGGGCCUCCUCCAGGCAUGGACAUGGCUAUAAAGUGGUCCAAUGUGUAUGAGGACAAUGGUGAAGAUGCACCAAAGGCUUACACAGGCAAAGCCCAGUUCCUCCCUCCCGAGGAGCAACCUAUUGACUCAGAUGAGGAGUCCAAAGCGUCUCCUGUGUCAGUCAAGAAACGUCGAGUGGAGACCUUUCAACAGAAGGAGAAGAGGAAGAGGGACUUGGGACAAGCCACUUCUGACAAGAAUUUCGUAGAAGAGGAGAAAAGGAUCCUGAGACAGAAGAUUGAGUGAAAUCCAAAGUGGCUACAAAAUUGAAUCACUGUCAUAUGUGAACAUUUUACAUCAGGAAAGAGCAUUAGCACAACCUACUGAGGUGGGUCGCAGUCCUUAGUAGAAAUUGGACACCGUGUUUGUGAGGGUUUUUGUUGGUCUUCACAUUUGCUUUUUAUGAACAAAUUCAAAACUAACAUAAUUCUGGUCUGUUUGGAUCCGUACUAUACCGUGUGGAGCUGUAGUUUGUCAGUAGUUUUUAUUUGUCGUGUGUUGUACUCUGUUUCUGUCAAUUAUGUUGUGUUAUAGUAACAUCCCAGCUCUUGACUGGUGCACUCUGCUUUUUGGCACCAGAUGGCGCCUUUAUGCUACUCAACAAUCCACUGCCUUGGCGUUGUCUUGUAUUUCAUGCAGUGUUUUCUCUUUAAAAAAAAAAAAAAAGGUAAUGACGACCAUGGUUUGUCUCAUCUUGGAUAUUUUAGAUCAGCAAUACUGUCUGUUCACACAUAUGUGUGGAAGUAAUUCAAAUUAUUGACCUUGCUUUAGGUAUAAUGCAAAAGAAAACUGGAUUUUGUCAUCUUAAUUUUAAAGUUCUCAAUGAAUGGCUGAUUGUCAUUAAACCAGAUUUAUUUUA